CCCUUAAUGGAGGGACAGGAGCUGAGAUAACUUGACUCCCUUCCCCCGACUCCUCACCCCACACAAUGUUUAUUUGUGGCUUUCACUUCAGGAAUUUCCCCUGUGUUAUGUUUGCCUAGGAGAGCAAAAAGGCAGCUCCGCUCCCUGCACACAUAGAGGCGUGCGUGGAUCACUUCCUAACACUCACUGAAAGUGAAACCUAGUUUGAGUCCUUAUGAGAAAUCAGGAAUUUCAAUUAAAAGGGAACAGCUGGCAAAGCAAAGCCAUUCUGUCACCUGCUGGGACUUUCCCAUACAGCUUGAAUAAUCUCUGGAUAUUUUAGCUGUCUUGGCAAUAAUCAAGACCAAUCAGCAUCAAGGAGGGAAAAGGCUUAGUGUAUAAAUGGACACUGGGAAACACUCUCUUAGGCACUUCUCAAUCUCUCCCAGACAUCCAAGAAUAAUACAGAAGAACCUUCACUCUCAUCACCAUGAAGGGAAGCUGGGCUGUCGUCCUUUGUUCAUUGUUCCUGAUUGCAGCUGAAAUUCAAGGGCAGUUGGCCUAUGGAAAAGGACGUUGCAGCUGCAUAGACAAAGGUUCUAAUUUCAUUCAGCGAAAAGCCUUAGGAAAAAUAGAAGUGAUUCCCAAGAGCUCUUCCUGUGACCAUGUUGAGAUCAUUGCGACAGUGAAGCCCACUGGAGAGCAAAGAUGCUUGAACCCUAAUUCCAAAUGGGUUCAGAAGUUGGUGACAGCCCUCAUCAAGAAAAGGUCUUCACAAAGCACUCACCUGUAAAGGAGAAGAGCUAAAGAUCACUUCAACAGCGCUUCAGGCUCCCUCUCCAGUGAGCAAUGAACUUGUCUGUUUCCUCCACCUGGCUCUACAGCUUUUAAAAUACAAAUGCUGCAGCUGAGGAAAGUUGUUCCCAGCACAAAGUCGUUGCAUCCAUUAAGAUGACAUCUGGGUAUGACAUCAUCUCAACACUGUGAUGGAACAUGAGCCUGUCACAGCAGGACAUGUAGUGAGGCCUCUGUAACCUCAGUAAUCCUACUGGCAAACCAGUGACAGUGAAGGCCCAGUUUGUCUUUGGGGUCUCCUGGUGGCUAUAAGUGGUAAUAGAUUGAUUCUGCUUAUCUAAUUAGCAAAUAUUUCUUUGAGUCACAGGGAUGGGUUAUUAUAUUAUUAUAAUAAACAUAACUUGGAGAUAAAAAUAUUCUCAGGUAACACAUACUAAGAAUUCCAAGUUAGUUUUUCUACCCGGUUUGAAAUUAAUGUAAUUCUUAGACAUACAUGUUCCAUGUUUAUUUAUAAUAAUAUCACAUAUGAUUGUUGUUCUAGGGUAUGUGAAACAUUUGUCUGUAGGCUUUAUAAAUAAAAUUGAAGGCUUAUAAUCUAAAGCGAAUCACACUGUGUGUUUAACUGAUGUGUAAACAAUUAUUACAUAGAUUAAAUGCAUCUGAUCAUUAUGAAAUGUAAUAUAACAAAUGACUGUAAUAUAAUAUUCACAAACAUUCCUUGUGUUAGACUUCUCCUUUUAAAGAUAAAUGAAUUAAAGUGAAUAAAAGACACUGA